UUUAAUAACUUUGAGAGGACUGGGUGUAAAGCGAAUGCAAAAACAAAUUUUACGAUAACUGCACAAAUUCUCACGCGCUCACUGGUUAAUUUUCAUUGUCAGUAAGCGGACAGACACAUGAAUUUAUAAUUUAUGCGAUGCGCCAACGAGCGAAAGCGGACAAUUUGACAAUUUGUAGUCUGCCGAUCCACUCGUCUAUCGCCUCAUGCUUUGACAAUGUUAUGACGAAAUUCAUGAUCAAUAACAGGACAGACGCAUGAAAAACUGACGUCGAUUUGUCAAAUUCCAAAUAGAACGAUGAACAGCAAUAAAUGAUUACUGAAACCCAGUCUGCUACUCGGCCCACCUAAUUCUGUUCCCCAGAUCUCCUCAAACGAGAAAUCUCACCAUUUUGAUUCUUUGCAAUAACUGCAAGUAAGGUAAGCGUACACAGAAACUUCUAACGGUUGCACAGUUUGUUGAGGAUUUAAAACAGAACAGUAACGCAGAAAAGGAUUCAGUGAAGGAAACUUGAAAUGAACGACGAAGCGCACGAGGAGCUGUCGCCGCGAGCGGAGAUCUUCAGAUCAAAACUUAUUGAGGAUUUUCAGCUUAUCGACAUGAUAGCGAAUAGAGGCGGUGCCGAGCCACCGAAGUACUACUCCAAUGAAAUAACAGAUGAUGAAGUUAUGAAGCAGCUUUUACGAGAAACACCCCAGGGAUUGAUCAAGUUUCAAAUGUAUUCCAAGAAAGAUGAGCAGCGCUUCACUGACCGUCGUUUGAACAGAGUCAAGAACAAAAACGCCAUUCCGCUUGGGCCAUGGGCACACACUGUUAUAGAGGGACGUGGCAUGCUAUUUAAAUCAAUUUUUGCCUUAACAGAAAUCUCUAAAGUUGAUGAACCCUCUCUUCAUGGACUGAAACUCACUCUACAAAUUUUUGAUUACUGUACACUGACCAUAUUUGUGUUUGAGAUAAUUCUUAAAUGGAUUGAUGGGUUCUGGACUUUCUGGAAUAAUGGCUGGAACAUCUUUGACUUUGUUGUCACUGUUAUGUCAUUUGUGCCAGAGAUUAUUGAGCUUUCAUCAGGGAAAAACACAGCCGAACUUGGAGUCAUUGCUGAAAAUUUGAGAGUGUUCAGAAUCUUACGAUCACUGAAGAUGGUCUCAAGAUUUGCUCAGCUUAGAAUCAUUGUGUUGACAAUUCUCAAAGCAUUCAAGUCAAUGGCAUUCAUUUUGAUCUUGCUGAUGACAUUCAUGUACAUUUUUGCUGUGGCUGGAACUGUCAUGUUUUCUUCCUACUCCAAAUCCAAAAGAACUGACCUCAAGUAUAAGCAGAGCUUCAGUUCCUUGGGUAAUGCACUUGUUACUCUGUUUCAACUCUUCACGCUGGAUCACUGGUAUGACAUCCUGAGAGAUCUCAUCAAAGUGGCAGAUUCUAUCACAGUCAAGAUCUACAUCAUCUUGUGGAUCUGCAUUGGGGCUUUCAUCUUCAGGAAUAUCUUUGCUGGCAUUAUGGUAAUGAACUUCCAGAGCAUCCGCAAUGAUUUUAAUCAGCAAGUGAAGGAGCAGACUGAAGCCCUGGAGGCAAUGCAGAUGAGGGCUCACUUGGCAGAAGAGCUGGAAAGACAGGACAGAUUGCAUGCCAGAGCUAGGUAUACACAUUCUAAAAGUAGACAAGCAAACAUUCAUGUACUGCUCAUGGUAACCUACAAUUGCAGCCUUUAUAACAAAUGUAGCAGCGUAGGUGUUCAGCUGUUUCAGGAGAGAGGUAAACCUCUGGAGCACAUGUCAGUGUUAGCAGAAACUGAAGAAGAUGAAAAGGAUGCAGAUGAGCCUCACGAGCCUGAGAAAAGCAAAGAACCUCCAGCUUUGCUUCAGGGAGAAAAAGAUACGCCAAGGCAGGACAUAAAAGAUGGUGAUCCUUUGACUGCUCUUGGCAACAAGCUUGCUAAACUCAGGGAAACAAGAUGUAACAGUGCAUUAGAUCAACAGACAGCAGGUGAACAGCAGGAAAAACCAGAGUUACAAGGAGAGUGUGGUCAUGACAGAGCAAAAGAUUUAACUAAUGAAUGGAUCACAACAGUUCAGGCAAACCUGACACAUCUUAAGAAUCAACCUGUUGAAACACUGUGGCCCAGGGAUACACUGUUCAGGUACUUCCAGUUAAUGGAGGCCUGGCAAGAGAAUCUUGCUGAAAGACAGCAACUAAUGCACAUGGCUGGUAAGCCUUGUUUGUUUCAACACUUCUCACUAUUAGGCUUGGAUGCAGCAACACACUAGUGUUGGGGUGUGAAGCAGAAUGAAACUAAAUACACCCUAAUGUUAAAUUCAUCUUCUUUCAACAGCCCAAGCCCUUCUGAAACUUCAUGAUACAUGACCACAGAUAAACCACAUUGAGAGGUUCCUUGGCCAUGCGGAUAUUUGAAAUGCAGCUUUUCCUAACUGAUAUAUAUGAUUCCCACUUUUUGAGAAAACUAGUAGCCAGUGACAUUAUGGUGUGAUUAAUAGAAACAGGUCUCACUUGUUUUGAUUUUACCAGUCACAGUCACCAACUUGUACAGAUAUCUGAUUGAAAAUCUUUCAGAUUUGUUGAUAAUUUGGUAGCUUGUAACUUAUUGAUAAACUUAAAGCAUUCAAGGUUAUCAGUUUUAAUUUUGCUUUUACAAGCAGAUUUAAAAUUAAUAUUAUAAGGAACAAGCAACCUAGAGUUGUUCUCACAUCAGCUCAUUCCUUGGCA